GGUUUUAUGUAUAACCUUGACUUUAUCCAAUAAAUUCACACAUGAGAGAAAACAAAAUAUGAUUACAAAUGUUAUGGAAGUCUUAGUACUAGUUGUUUUUGUUCAGAUCACAUGGUGCUUGUCUGCUGAAAAUUCUCCCAAACAAAUACCAAAACAAGAUACCUUUUGCGGGGAAAACACAUCUUGUCUGAUCACAGAAUAUUGUGAUGAAGCCGGAUCCCCAAUAUGUUUGGGAUGCUCUGAACUAUGUCUAACCAACAGCGACGAAUGUAAAAGGUCCUGUCCUUAUGUUUUUUUAUUUGCCGUUGGCUUAUUGCAAGAUGAAUUGACGAAAAAAAUACAGGACUUUAUAAACAAAAAUGAUACAUGUGUCAACACUUGCAAAACUGAGAAAGAUCCUCCUUACAUGAUUAUAAUUCUUAUAAUAUUAACUAUUUGCCUCGUUCCAAGCAUUCUGAUAAAUAUUUGGACAUCAAAGGAGAAAUGUUAUGCAGUAAAGCGUAAAUUAUGUAACAGUGAAAAUAAACAAUUGAUCACUGAAGAAGGGUCCAAUAAUGAAGUAGUAGCAUUGGGAGAACAAAGGAUACCAGCUGAGGAUAUAUUUACAGAAAAUGUGGAAGAAGAUGUGAAAGCACCUGCGGAAGAUAGCAAGGAAAGUGGUUUUAGUUCAAGUCUUCAAGAGCGACAAAGCGUUAUCUAA